AUGGGACUCUUUAGCUGGCCCCGGUGCAAGCGGCGCGCCUCCCCUACGAAGCCCACGAAGACCUCGCCAAAUAUUCUCAAUCCCUUCAAGGCCUCCAAGCUUCCAUUUGACGCCUUCGAUGGUACGGUAGCCCCUCUUUGGAAAUUAAAGUCGCUCAUACUAAACUUUAAGCUAGCCUUACACGAUUCUCACUUGCCCAUGCCAGGAGCCUUCCCGUUGACUCCUCCUGAAUCGCCUACUCUUGUUGUAUCAAAAGGUGCCGCCAUCGAAGAUGAAGAUGUCCCGCCGAAGGGGUGGGAGUUCAUGGACAUAGAUGCUCGCGCAACGCCAGCACUGGUUACGGAUCUCGGCAUACAUCUCCACCCUCGAUUACCGCCAUACACCCCUCCUCUUCCGAGCGCAAGGCGCAUCCCAUCGCCAAGACCAACUGAAGCCCCCAAGCCCGCCGAAGAGGAUCGUAUGGACAUCGAUGAUCCUUGGGAUCAACAAGCUCAACAAGAUGCAAAUCUUCCUCAUGGCCCUGUCUCCGCUGUACAGUUAUUCUAUGCCCACAGGAGACCAAUUCCUGCCAAUCGCAUGGCAUCGUGGUAUGAGCCAGAAUUUGAGAGGCGAGAGAAAGAAAGAAAAGCCCGCGAGCGCGAUCUCCGACGUCCAACUAGAGUGGGGCCAACAGGUCAACCCGUACGUCUGAUUUCGCCCGACUGGCUUGCCAGACUUCAACGCGCCUUGCAGAGUGGACAAGAACAAGCCGUUGCCAAAUCAUUAGCCGGGGACGAUCUGUACCAGCGUGAUAUCGUCACAUGUGUUCGCUCUGAGGCCUGGCUCAAUGACGAAAUCAUCAAUGCCUACCUUGGCUUACUAGUACACUAUCUCCGUCAAUCGCAUGCAAACCUCGGACGUAACGAGCGCCCGCGCUUCCACGCCUUCAACACCUUUUUCUACUCUACGCUUCGGGAUAAGGGAUAUGAAGGUGUGCGGCGGUGGGCAAACCGCGCCAAAAUCGGUGGUGUGGGACUGCUCGAUGUCGAUACAGUCUUCAUUCCUGUUCACGAGUCAAGUCAUUGGACCCUCAUGGUUAUUCGACCACAAGAACGUACAAUCGAGUAUUUCGACUCUCUGGGGUCCCGCGGUGUUCGCCAGGUAAAAAAUGUCAAACAGUGGCUUCGCGGAGAGCUCGGGCCAAAAUAUAAGGAUGACGAGUGGACUGUCCUACCAUCGGUCUCUUCUCAGCAAGACAAUGGAAGUGAUUGUGGUGUCUUCCUCUUAACAAACGCCAAGGCCAUUACUGUUGGGGUAGAACCCACCUCCAUUGGUCCAAGGCACAUCACUCUUCUCCGCAGAAAAAUCGUUGCUGAGCUCAUGAACGGCGGUCUUCACGGCGAGUUCAAUCCACAGGACAAAGCAACAGGUGAAGUGCUGCUCUAA